UGUUUAUUCAUUGUUAACUUGCAUGUAGCUUAACACGCUCAAGCGCACAGCGUGCCUCGGUGUGACGGUGUGACGGCUCGCUGGCAGCUGCUGCAGCCCGGAUGAAGGCAGCCCAGUCCCGCACGGCUGACCGUCGCACCGCUCGGCCUGCUGGUUAAUUUGGAAUAUUUUCACCGAGCGAACCGCCAAAUGCAUUUGCACCGGCGGAAAAAAGCUGCGCUGUAGUAGCUCAAAUUAGAAAACCAGUAAAUUCGCCGUUCCCCAUGGCUUCUGGCUCCGGAGAUGAAGAGGGAAACGCGGAAGGCGUUUCCUGGAGACUCAUAGGCCCGGCAGCGGGGCUCUCCAAGAAGCGCUGCCGUCUAAUGUACUCCUCCCUCGGCUACGACUCUGAUGUCUGCCUCUUCUACGUGAAGGGGGAGUUUUUUGCCAUGGAUGCUCGCUGUUCACAUUCCGGCGGUCCUCUGUGCGAGGGGGACAUCGAGGAGGCUGAUGGAGUCCUGCAGGUCUUCUGUCCCUGGCACGACUAUGACUUUGACCUCAGAACUGGGAAGUCAGGGACCUCCUUACAGCAACAAGUGUAUGAAGUCAAGCUGGAGGAUGGCAACGUGUACGUGAAACAUGUCAGUCGUCUCUCCUUGGAGCCUUUUCCUGCAGAUCAGAAGAACAGCCUAAGCGUGACAGCCUCAUCUUCCAGCCCUUCGUGAUGCCGCUGUUAGAGGUCUAUUUUUAAGACUUGUUCCACAAACCCAAGCCAUCUGAAACAUUCCUUAGCCUUAUCUGUCAUUUUCACAGACCGUUUCUACUUUGAUUGCUGUGAACUCAGGACGAUAUGGAGAGGAUUGUCUGAAGAGGACAUGACAUCAUGAAAUAACUUCAGAGUUUUUCUUGCUGCCAUUCCAGGUAGAGACUCAUCAUCACAGACACUGAACAUGGAGAGCUGCAAGCUCACUGCUGACCUCAAUAACACACCAGACAGUAGCAAACAUGCAACAUGAAAACACAUGUUACUAACAUACAGUAUUUGAUUAUUAUAAUUUGAUUAUAAUUGAUCAUUUUCUAGAUAUUUAAGGAUUCCUUAAGAUAAUAAUUAUAUAAUUUCAGAAAAUAUUACAGAGUGAUAUGUUCUGAAGUUUUUUUUCUUUACAUUUGAGCAAUGAAAUUUACGCAAGCCAAUACAUAUUUAGUUGAAACUCACUAACUACAAAAGUGGAUGUGCAAAUCUUUCAAAACUUUUCAUUGCAAUUCUCAGAUUCUCUACUUGUCCAUCUUUUGCUAGUCUUGUUGCACUUGUAUGCACUACCAAGCAAGUAAUGUUAUCUCAAAUGUAAUGUAUAUGCACAAUGAUAAUUUGCAGAAAUAAAACCAUAAUUGCAGUUAUAGGAUACAUUCACAUGCAGGUAGAAAUAAUUAGUUAGAUGUAAAAGGAGUCAUUAAAGUAUAUGCAACAUGCAGUGAUCUGCAAAUGCAGUUCAAAUAGACAACAUGAACAAAAUGAAUAGUACAGAUGUGCAGAAAACGAAGAUUAUCAUCUUGAUUUAUUUAACAAAACAUGUUGAUUCUUAUUACCAGUUGUGGUACAGUUUUUGUGUAUAAAGCUUCCACUCAGUGGAAACAUACAUUUUUUUCAGCAGCUAAUAUCUAACUAAACUUAACGGUCUCAUGGUCAUUACUACCAAUAAUCCUCUUCCAUGUCUCUAACAAGCGUUACCUGAGGCCUCCAACUCUUAAACUCUCAGACGAGCAGUCACACUUGCUGAGUUGUGGCCUUUGGAUAAAUUUAGACAUUUAUUCCAGUGAUGUCACGCAACAGAAACUCCCUUUCAGAAUUUGUAUUUCUGGACAGUUUUUUAACCCAAAUAGAGUUCCAUCAAGUAGAACACACAUGAAGGGCACUGCAAUUACGAUUGGUGACAGUCCCGGCGUAAAGACGUCUCCAUCAGCAUUUCUCUCCGUCCCUGGCCAGUGCACAGACAGGUUUUUCUGUUACUGACGCAAUGGGACUCAAAAGAAAUGGUUAGUAAGGCGCCGGAGGGAGGUUCACGACCUGAAAUGCACCAUUGAAUCAAGAAAAAUGUGUUUUUCUAGCUUUAUAUGUGUGUGCGCGCGCACUGAUGCAAGUGUUUUCUUUGUUACUCGGUGGUGAGAGCAGUCACUCACUAUAUUUUCUGUCAGCUCCAUUUUCUGGCAGAGGCACAGAGCCCAGUCAUGAAGGUGUCAGUGACAGUGAGGCCCGACAUUCAUUUUCCUCCCUGCUGUGCUACUUUAUUAUUCCACUGGAGAAAAAUGUGAGGUUUUACUCUGUGCAUUAUAACUCAUCACCUGGAGGGUAAUGGGCAUACACAACGGAGAUGCAGCAAUUUUGUCAGUAGAAAAGUGAGAGUAAACAUUGUUCAAGAUUCUGCACAGAACAGGAGUGGUUUCUUAUAUUUUUAUUCUCACUGAGUCUCACUGAGAAAACCAUAAUUCUUGGCAUCCCGUUGCUAUAUGUUUCCUUAAAGUUAUUUCAUAUGCUCUGCUGAUUUUAAUGCAUUUUAUUUCUUAAUAUGUGAAUUAUGUAUCUGUCAAAUACUCUAACGUUUGGCACAUUUACUUAUUUAACACUACCAUUUGUACUGUAAGCAGCUGCUGUUUUGUAUGUUGAACUAUAUUUAUUGUUGUGACCUUUGCAAAGCCAAACAUUUUAUCUGUAUUGUUUAAUUCACAAAUUAAAUUAUUGUAUGUUAGGAACACUAUAAAUUGACAAAUUAGUUUUAAGUGAUUUUUCAGUGGGUCCUCAAAACAUAGAACACAACUCAGGAAAUAGUAGGAAUCAAAAGUUUACACAAAGUCAUUUAUUUACAGUUUCUUGUUCAUACAGUAAUAGUAGAUUUCAUACAAUGCACAAUUUACACAUAAAAACUUAACUCAGAGAAAAACGAGAUUGGCAUCACCAUGCAAUAGUUAAGCGUUUGCAGAGUAUUAUCAGGAGUUCAUUUAUGUCAUUUUUUUACUGGAGCACAUUGGCAAAUAUACAACUCUCUUCGCAAACUCCAGAAAGUCGUGGAAAAGGUCAAAGAUGACGUCCUGAAUAAAUUAUGAUCUCCUUCAAAUCAGCUGGAUGGUACAGGAGUGAAAAUGGAUGAACCCAUUAGGUGACUAAUAAAGUCUUGGUGUUU